UAGCAACCUUACCCAGACCAUAAUACGAACACCACUCGAUUCUACGCGAUCUUUCUAUAGGAUAAUGUAUUGGAUAAUUGGCGCGUCUACUCGGAAGUGACAAGAAUGAACGGUUUUGCGAGUCGAGGUCAAAAUGGCUUCGACACAGGAGCGCCGCCGCCCUUGCGCCCAAUGGUUUCGCCGAGGGCUCCGGCGCUCGUCGAAUCCUAUCGGCAAGAUAAUAUGAAUGGCUUCGAUAAACCCCGAUUCAAUCCAAUGAAUCCGGGGCGCGUCCAAAGUUCCGUACUAGUCGAUCUGAAAGACCCUGUCCAAGUACACCUACUCACCGAAACCGCCUUGCUCGACAGUAAAGAAUAUGAAAUUCUUUCCCAGGAAGAGGUGGAUGGUCUCAAGAAGCAGUACCAGAUAUUAAGUCAACGGAUCGAGCAGACACGGUCGAACCUCGCCAUUCAGUCUAAAUAUCGCGAUGCCGCCAUAUCAAUGUCUAAAUUGUACUCCCCGUCGAGGAAGAGUCUCCUGGGCCACAGACGGAGUGGAUCUAGUGAUGCUGCGAAAGAGGCCGAACACGAACUCAGUACGAUUCAGAAGAAAUGCGAGGAUCUUGCCUCCGAAUUAUGGACAUUGGAAAAGCGCGCUAUGGAACCCCAAAGGAGAUUACUGCAACAUACUGCCGGUAUCCUUCAACUUACUCACAAAACGACCAAGAAAUCAACUACUCCAACACCGAAAGUUCCACUGGUUAAUGGCGCCCCCGCUAGUCCCGAGAGCAUGUAUACCACGUCAAACGGCCGUGAUAGUAUUAGCAUGGACUUUUUGGAAGACGGGUUUACCUUCGACGAAGCAAGCUUGUAUCGAUCCUUUGAUCAGUCCAAUGGGUUUAACGAUCGAAGCCGGGGAAACGCUAUCGAGAUUCCCAUGAAAUCGCCUAUUCGAGGGCAGAACAAGCAUUUAACCGAAGAAAGUGAGAGGUUACGCGAAGAAAACCGCGAACUCCGGGCCCAAACCGAAUCACUCCUUGCCGAAAUCAACGAACUCCGAGGUCCGGGCUCAGACCAGUGGAGACUUAUUUCGGAUACGGAAAGCAAAUUAGAGAAUUUCAACCGCCAGCUACGCGAUGUCAUCGUAAGGGCCGACCCGGCAAGGAAUGGCAAUUAUAGCGCUGCGCCGUCAGGCCGGCUUGAGCCGGGUGACAUGCUUAACAGCCACUUAGACUACCUUGAGAAUGGACUUGUUGCGAUCGCUCAAGGACAAGGGAACAGCGUGGAAGCUGCAGGGAAGAUACAAGGCGUCAAUGCUCAGAUCCAGGACUUACUGCUAGGAGCUAAUAUCAACCAUCCACCCCCACCCAAUGCAGAUCUAGGAGUCGACGAACAGCUCGGAUACUUGCAGGACUCAUUGCAGCUCAUUGAAGAUGAGCUGCGACGAGGUAACUCCGGCAACUCCGAACAGUCCGAAACGGUUCUUAUGGGUCUCUGGGAUAUCAUCCAAUCCGGCUAUGCUGAUGUACGGCAACGAAAACAGGAGCGACGGAAAGCCCGCCAAGAGAAAGGACUAGAACCAGAUGAAGAAGACAUGUCUGAUGGCGAGUCUUUCGAUUUUGACGAGCAAUAUUCAUUGACAGCCUUCUCGGCCAAGAUCCAAUGGCUUUACACACAAGCCACCAAACUACAGGAGCAAAAGGGUGUGCUGAAGCGCCAGAUCAAGCAGCAACGCGAACUUAACAGCAGAUCAGAUUCCGAGAAGGACCAAGCAUUACAGGACAAGAUCGACGAAUUGGAGGAGGCCAUGGAAUCGCUACACCGAUCAGAGAAGGAAACAGACAAUGCUCGCUCUCAGCUUUCGCAGGCCUUAGAAAAUCUAGAAAUAGCACAGAAGGGCCGAACCGAAGAGUCUUCGGCCAUCGAGGAGGCACGUGAACAACUCAAGGAACGAAAUGCCAAGAUUGCAUCGCUAGAGUCCAAUAGCCAAGAUGUACAAGCACGCUUGGCAGCAGCCGAGGCCAGUGUUGAGACUAUUAGUGCGCAAUUGCAGGAAGCAAAUGAUGCCAGGAACGCUUCUGACCAGGCAGUUGCAGAGAAGGAGAAACAGCUUAAGGGUAUGGAAGAGGAGCUUCAUCAGAUGACGGGUAUGUUUGCUGAGCUUAAGAUGGAAGCUACUCUUGCCAAGGCCGAGCUUGAUGGAGCCUACGGUUCGAGGAAGGAGAGAGCUGCGGAGGUCGCGGCACUACAUAAUAGCUCUGAAUCUGUUAAGUUGCAGAACAGAGUUGAGACAUUGGAGAGGGAGCUCAAGGCUACCGCUCAGGAUCUUACUGACGUUGUCAAGCAAUCGCUCGAGAGCGAGAAGAAGAUUGGUGAGCUAGAGAAUGAGCUCGACCGGCUCAAGUCCGAACGUUCCAAGAUCAAGGAUGAGAAGGAUAGGAUGAGCGAGGAGCUUGAGAAGCGACUCCACGAUGCCACUCAUGACGUCGAGGAGAGGCUGGAGAGCGAACUCGCAAGACUCCGAAAGGAGAAGGAGCAAAUCCAAGACGAGCUCGACAAGGAACGACUUGGGUCAGCUCGCAUGCCACUAUCACCUGGUGGUACUACCAAGACUUCAUACCUAACCGACUCUUACCGUGUGGGAUUGAGGGCUGAGAGGAAGAAAUACGAAGAACAACUAAAGGCGGAACAAAUGAUACGGAGGAAGCUCGAGGACGAGCUAAAGGCAAUGAAAAGGGCACAAGGACCCGGCAAGAGCCCAUUGAGUCCUCGUCAAUAAGCCGAUAUUUCCCUCCCAAGACUUUCCUUCUAUUGUUAAAUAUUAUACCCACCACAUGUAUCCUUUUUAUACUUGGCGUAGAUGUCUACGACCGUCCGUGGCGUACCAUUUUG